AUGUCCUAUAACACCUCUAUUUCUUCCAAGAUCAUGCUUGCUCAGAACGGUGCUGAUGAGACUGAGGCCGUAAACCAUUACCCUCUGAGCGGAGUAGAUGGUACUACAGCAGAUAUCCGACAACCAUUAAUCCCCGAUAUGUUUGAAUAUUGGGGGAUUACUCCAAGAAAUGACAUUUCAAACGUUGUAGAUAAACGUUUGCAGGACGGGAACGCAGUGUCCCCAACACUGGGGGUUACACAUGGUCCACUCAACCAUGAAUCAGCCGCACAAGAGACACCAAUGCCCGUCACAGACCUAUCGUUGGAUUGGACGAAGCUCGGGGACAUCGAUCUUACGUUGAUGAACGAGUAUUUUAACGAUCCCGCGGCGAUGUCAUGGGAUAAUCCUCCUUAUCACCCGCCGACUUCCGUGCAGAUGGAUAAUAUUCAGGGUGAGCUCGCUGCACCGUUUGCGAGCUCCUCUGUGGCCUGUCAGGAGUCUUUUAACGACUCCAAUAUCGGGCGCACAAUGAGUCACGCCCCGAUCAAUAGUUUUGACAUCGUAUACGAGCCCACAAUGGGUGCAAUUUCUGCACCAAUAUUCCCCUUCCAGCAGCAUAUGUCUGUGGGCACAUCAAGGCGGCAAACCAAUCUGCCUCAUCAGAGGGGCACCCCAUACAGGGCCAUCUGGAGUCUACCUAACCCGGUACCACACCAUGGGCAAGAUGAUGGUCUGGGGUACUUGGGAGGCGCAUACAGUAUUCAAGACACCUCAAUCUUGCCGAGUCCAGCUUUUGGAGAGACAAGACAUCAAAAUGGAAUGUCCGAGAACCAAGGACGCAACGAGCUAUAUGGCUCCGGGUCCACGCCCGUUGAGCCAACAUCCACAAGGAAUGCCGGAUCAUCAGGCAAUUCUCGAAGCUUGAUACGGAAAAGAGCGCCCAGAUCAUCCAGCGGGGGCGCCAAUCAAGGAAGGAAACGGGCGGAGCGCAUAGUGCGUAUAGACAAGUAUGGAAAUGUGGUGUAUAAAGGAAUGAGGCCCGACGUACGCACAGCGAGGGAAAUAGAACAGUAA